AUGCAUUGUGGUCCCAAAUCUUUGACGAUAGUGUCGUUCUCCAUGGGCGCAAUUGCCCUGGUGACUCUUGUACUUUCAGUGUCCACGGACGCCUGGUUAUUCACCGUGGAACCCGUCACCGGAACCGUGGACAACCAAACUUUUGUCAUCAAUAUGAAUGUCCGGUCCGGACUUUGGCGUGUGUGCACCAUUGCAGCGGAUGGAAGUGUUGCCCCGCCGUGUUUGACCGUGAGCUACUUUGGAGAUCCUGGGCGUGUUGAGGGACAGGAAACGUCUUUUGCCAUUAUAAAGUCCAACCGAGUGGCAGCCAUGAUUCCUGUGAUAUCGCUGAUUCUUCUUACCAUAGCUGCAGUCCUCAGUGUGCUCGGCAACCUACGCCAGGACAUCAAGACGCUCAUCUCCGCUGUCAUCUACAUAUUAGCAGGUCUGAGUCUAGCAGUGGGUCUAAUUCUGUACAUCUCUGUGAUCAAUGAUGAGGUUGGCCACCGAAUGAAAGAAAAAGACAAAGAGGAAUCCUCCUUUAGUUACACUUACGGAUGGUCUUUCUACUUUGCCGGAACCGCAUUUCUAUGUGCCAUGUUAUCAGCGGUCAUCCACGUAUCACUCUAUCUCCAGAGAAACUCUCGAAAGGAGGAGAUGGUACGGGUCAUUCCAGGGCUUGACGAACUGCUGGAAAGCGACACGGGUACGGCUAACCCCACUGUCAUCAUCUAA